CCUUGCUCUUCGUCAUGCUCAAGCUCGUUUCUUCCACCAGAAUGAUUGACUACUGUUUUGCCAACUCUAUAGAACUUAAACUCUAGCCUUCACGGCUAAAAUCAGCAUCAGCAAGGUAUUCAUCUCACAGAAAUGAGUCAUCGCUUGCCCUCUGUCGACAGUGCACUACUGGAAUUGGUAUGGCGGACAGCGGGAGGUUUUGUGUGAUGUCUGGAUGCAAACUUUUCCUUUGGAAAAUAGGAAUAGGCCUAAAGAAAGUGAAACUUGUCAUAUAUAUAGCUCUCCAAGGACUACAGGGACAUGAUCUACGUUUGUGGUGCCGCCUAGAGAGGUGUAUCAAGAUAUCAUAUGGGAAUGUUGAGGGUCUCAGUAUUAUCGUUUACCCGAAAUGAGGCCUCCUCCGACCACAGGCACCCAGUUGCUAUGCACCCACGUUUCGUCUUCAGACAUCUGCUGCUUCAGUUUUAGAAAUCUAUUGAUAGCACCGCCUUCCCUGAAUUGCCCGCGAUGAUUAUGGUGAUGGCGAGAUGCUGAUACCUGAUCCAUCCUGAUACGUGUGAUGUGGGUUGAGGUUUUGACCUAGGCCCAUCCCUGUCACGUCUUAUUCCUUUCUUCGUUCCUUUCCUUCUCCUCGUUUUCGUCGUCCCUCAUUUGACGGCCUUUCUCUCUUCCCCCUCCUUCAAUUCGACACGAAUCUUCACUCGUUUGAUGACCAUGACCAAAAUUCAUCGUCAUGUGCGGACAGUCACCCACGUGAAGCGUUCCCCUGAAGAGGUCAUUGAAGGCACACCUACAUUUGACAGUUCAGGUCAAGCUGUGAACACCAACGCCAGUAGGACCGGUGACUAUGCCAAGAAUACAGUGUCAUCGAGCACUCCUCCAUCCACCAUAGCGUUAGCUGUCUUAUUGGCUAUCGCUGUCGUAGCGUUAGUCGGAGGUUGUUUGUUUUGGAGGAUAAAGAAAAGACGAAGUCAGAAGGGUACCGGUCCCCAGUCUUACUAUUCUAACAGUCCACAUGGUUCGUUGUUUGGUAUGGAAUCGCGGACUGAGUCUGAAGCGCACUCCUCGUUAUUCGGGGGACAUCCGGCCACCCUCGAGAAGCCUGACAAAGCAUUGACCAUAAACCCUUUCCCCAACGAACAAACCGGUUGGGCCCCUCAAAUCAAGGACUAUCGUGGUGUCCCCCUUGUCAAUGGCCAACUCCCCCAACACGUUCAGGCGGCGAAAGAAGGAAAGCGAUGGUUGAAGUCUCUGUCGCGACGUGAUUCGAAUGAGAAACCAGCAGUAGAAACUCCACCACCUUCUUAUUUCAUCACAAACGUUGGAUCCAACAGGUCUUCUGACGCUACGCUAGUCAGAUCAGAACCACCGGUUGCCCCAUUACCGCCCACCCCUGCUGAUUCGACAAUCACCCUUCGCCCACCUACACCACCCACGAACGAGAAGAAACGGAAGCCAUCCCCUCUUACCACUCCUUCAGAGCCACUCAGCGUACCAUCAUCGCGAUUCUCCCACUCACCCCUUCCUAAAACGCCAGGUGCAAAUGCAGACCCUCUGUCCAGUCCUGCACGCAACUCUUCUUUUAGCCACCAACAGAAAUCUCCCUUGGCACUACGAAUGUCCCCCACCAAACAUCUAUCUUCCGUAUUCAAAUCAGGAACGGGUAGCGAUGGAUUAGCAUUACCACGACUGAUGUCUGUGAUCAACACCUUCACACCAUCUCUCGAGGACGAGAUGUUGGUUCACAUGGGUGAGACGAUUCGUAUGGUUGAGGAAUACAACGAUGGGUGGUGUUUGGUUCAGCGAGUUGGGAAAUCGGAUGCACCUCGAGGGGUUGUUCCUCGAUUUUGUUUGACGGAGAGACAGUCGGCGAUACAGACGAGUACGUCGAGAAGGAACCUUAUCAAAACUAUCCAAGCGUCUUCAAAGCUUCGGUGAUAAGGGAGUUCACCAACAUCUCGUUUCUUUAUCCUUAAUUUAUCGUUUAUGGUUUUACGAACGAACCCUUCCGUUCUUUUUUUUUUCGUUCCGUUCCGUUUACUUUACGAUCUUUUCCCACUUUAUCUUCCAACUAUUUAUUGUGGUGAUUUUUUGACGCUUCACCACGGUCUUUUCGAUAUUUCGACUUCUAGCGUCAAUACGUUCUUUUUUUUUCCCCCUAUUUAUUUGAGGGGGUCAACGACCCCCUCAGUGUCGGGACUAUUGUGCGUUACCUAGUACCUACGUAUCGUGCCUCCGUUGUGGGUUGAACCUGCUUCGUUACUCUCUUUGGGCCACGAGAACCCUCUGGUGGUUCUUUGGAUUAGACAUAGGUUCUAUUUCUUGGUGUCCAUUUUGUAGAGAGCUAUUUGUUACAUCUGGUGUGACUUAUCCAAUGACGAAACGAGAUUGUGCAAGAG